GGCCGAAAAGAGCAACUAGAUAACUCCUUUUCCUUUAUACUCACAGCGAAAGUCAUCAACUUGCAGGUCAAACCUUUCACGGUUCUCAAUUGGUGGCACAACUCUCUUAUCUCUCUCUCCAUUACCCUCUGACUUCUGUCAUCUAUCACACAAAUCUCCAAAAUGAACCGAAAACCUCUCUUCUUCCAUUUCUCUUCUCCUCUCAUUUAUUCAUACUGCAUCACCAUCUUCUAUUUCCUCACCACAACCACUCUAAGCUAUGGUGGGGAUCCAAAAUUUGAAGCUUGUGAACCUAAAACAUGUGGAAACCAAACUAUAAGCUACCCUUUCUACAUCAAAGGAAUACAAGAAUCCUUUUGUGGCUACCCUGGUUUUGGUGUCACUUGUGACAAUACUAUUGGUUUUCCAAUCCUUAAUCUUUCUAACACCUUGUACACAAUCAACCAAAUUUUCUAUCAGAAUCAUUCAUUCAGAGCGUCUAAUGCUAUUUUUUCAAGACCAGACACAAAAAAAGGUUGUCUUUUAUUUCCACCUACCCAAAACCUCAGUUUUCCAACUAACUUGUUCUAUCUUGCACAAAAUCAAACCGAGGUAAGACUAUUCUUCGGGUGCGACCUACCCAUAACUCUGCAAAGGAACAAAAUCGGUUGCUCUGCAGAAAACAAAACGAGUUCGGUUGUGGCAUUGUAUGCGGGUGAUAAAAAUGUAAGCUUUGUGUCGAAGAAUUGUAAGGAUGAAGUGGUAUAUGCGAGGGUGGAAAAUGGUGUGGAAGGAGGAAUUCGAGAAGCUCUGAGAAAUGGGUUUCGAUUGAAUUGGAUUGCCGGUGAUUGCAGGGAAUGUAACAGUACUGGAGGGAGAUGUGGGUUUGAUGCAGAUGCAUACGCUUUCAGAUGUUACUGCGCCGAUAGAGUUCAUGCACGAAAAUGUGAUCCAGCUACGAAUGCAAAGAGCAGGCGGAGGCGGAAUGUUAAGCUGGGUAUAGGUUUGGGUAUUGGAGUCCUGGGUAUCUUGUUCAUCGGGUUGAUGUGUCUCCUACUCUACAAACGAAAACAUGCUAUCUCUGUUGGACACUUCCAAUCUAGUAACUCUUAUUCUGAUUCGUCCAUAAAUCCACGCAGAGAAAUUGUUAGUAAACACUUUGGAGUUCCAUUAUUCUCCUACGACGAGCUUAGAAAAGCAACAAACAAUUUCGACCAUACUAAAGAACUUGGAGAUGGAGGAUUCGGUACUGUCUACUUUGGGAAACUUCCCGAUGGACGUGAAGUUGCUGUCAAACGUUUAUACGAACACAACUAUAGAAGAGUAGAACAGUUUAUGAAUGAAGUUAAUAUCCUGACAACAUUGCGACAUAAAAAUCUCGUGUCCCUCUAUGGCUGCACAUCACGGCACAGCCGUGAACUACUGCUUGUGUACGAAUAUAUCUCAAAUGGCACCAUCGCAAGUCAUCUCCAUGGUGAAUUGGCCAAGCCAAAUUUACUACCAUGGUCGAUCCGAAUAAAAAUUGCCAUAGAGACUGCUACUGCCUUGACUUAUCUCCAUGCUUCUGGUAUCAUCCACCGUGAUGUGAAAACCAGUAACAUACUCCUUGACGACAAUUUUCGUGUUAAAGUUGCAGAUUUUGGCCUUUCAAGAUUAUUCCCUGAGGAUGCCACUCAUGUUUCCACAGCUCCACAAGGGACACCGGGUUACCUUGAUCCCGAGUAUCACCAAUUUUAUCAGCUUACUAGCAAGAGUGAUGUAUAUAGUUUCGGAGUUGUGCUAAUUGAGCUUAUAUCAUCUAAGCCUGCUGUUGAUAUUAACAGAAGUAGAGAAGAGAUUAACUUGUCCACUCUAGCAACAAAAAAGAUUCAAGAAAGUGCAAUUGAUGAGCUGGUAGAUCCCAGUCUUGGUUUUCAUUUAGACAAUGAGGUUAAUAGCAUGAUAGUUUCAGUGGCAGAAUUGGCAUUUCAAUGUUUGCAAAGGGACAAGGAGAUGAGACCUUCUAUGGAAGAAGUGUUAGAUGAACUUAGGAGAAUAGAGAGUGGGAGGGAUGUGGUUGAGGUUGUAGACGAAGCAGAUGUUGAUGGUGUUGGAUCUUCACACGGUAAUGUAAAUCCACCACCAACCUCACCUGAAUGGGAUGAAGUUGGAUUAUUGAAGAAUAUGAAAAAUAUGAAGCACCCGUCUUCACCAAACACGGUCACUGAUAAAUGGGAAAGUAUUAGUACUACACCUAAUGCCAGUGCUUAAUCACUGUCUAGUAUCAAUUGUUGAUAAGUCAUUUUUACAGAAUCAACUAUAAGCAAUGAUUGUUAGUUGAAACAUGAAAUUGAGCGAGUAUAAUGUAUCAUUCUCGUCUCAUCCGUUUGUAUAGAUGAUUAUUUUAAGAGACAUUGCAGUCA